GCUCGAUUUUUUUUUGUGAAGAGCAUCGCUACGUCGUCCCGCCCGUUCGCUUUCUACUUCUUUUCGUCUUUCACGAACUUCCUGUCAGUGUCAGUGCGCUCAACUGCGUCUUCGAGCUGUGUGGAGCGACUGCGGUCCACGGGGCGACAUCGAAAGAUCCAGAAUCUCCGUCGUUUCCGCUUCUCUUUCUUGCUGGGGCUACGCGCCACUCUUUUCUCUCCACCACAUUCGCUCCUUGGCGUUUCCGUAGGUCAUCAGGGGCGCAGUGAACUCGAGGAUUCUGUCGGAAACGCUGCGUUGGGUUCCCCGUGCGAGGCAGAGACCCCGCGUUCUUCUCUGCCGCUUUGCCUCUUCACACUCUCCACUUCAUACCCGGCGUCUGCACGCUGGUGUUCUCUGGAAACUGCCGGGUAGUUCCGACACUGCUCAACCUUCGUGACGCGAACUUUCGCCGCCGUUUGCCGCAGGACGCCUUCUCUCUGCGUCUCGGCCCCUGCUGUGUCUCCCGUCUCGCCGUUCCUUUUCUUCUGGCUCUCUUCUUUUUCCGCUCUUUCUCACUCUGCCCUCACUCGUUCUUCUCGCUUUCCAGCUCUUCCGCGCGUCACCUCUCUCCGCCGUGCACACCCAGCCUGCGAAGAUGUUAGCCACCCGCCGCGUUUUCUCUGCGUCGCCGCGUCUUGUAUGCGCGCGCGCGGGAAUCGCCCAGGCUUUCGUUCCACGUCCUCUCGCUCCUCUCACUCGUCUCGGCGCAGGGUGUCUGCCUCAGAGGCAGCUUGAACUGAACAACGCGCCUCUCGUUCUUCCAGGAAAAAGAUGCCUCCUGACGGUCUCGCGACCUGCUCUGGCCGUGAAGACCUUCAAACUCGCCGACAUUGGCGAAGGUAUUGCUCAAGUAGAGCUGCUCAAGUGGCACAAGGGAGUCGGCGACCAUGUCGAAGAAAUGGACGAGCUCUGUGAAGUCCAGUCGGACAAAGCGGCGGUGGAAAUCACGAGUCGCUUCACCGGGACGAUUGUCAAGCUACACCAGAAGGAGGGCAUGAUGGUCCGAAUAGGAGCUCCUCUGAUGGACAUCGACGUCGAGGCUGGCGAAGAUCAUGCAGAGGAAGAAGAACCUGAAACGAAGGAACGGCCGGCACCCGUCUCCGAACCGGCAGCCGCCUCGCCGAGCGUUGGAGCUGAAGCGUCGAGCACUACGUUCUCUGCGUCUCCAGCUACGCGCCGAUUUGCGAAAGAGAAGGGCGUGGACUUGGCGCGCGUAAAAGGCUCCGGGAGAAACGGACUUAUUACCAAGGAAGACGUUCUCAAGUUCUUGGAGUCGUCGCAAGUUGCUGCUCCGGCUGCACAGAGUCCGCCACCUGCUCCUGCUCAAGGUCUGCAGAACGCUGUUUGUUCGGAAGCGCGAAACUCAACACAGUCAGGAGUCCAAACGGAGGAUCGGUCAUCCACCAUGUCGUGUCUCACUUCUCCAGGGUCUCUCGGGGCGGCAGGAGUUUCUGCAGACCAAGCUACUGUCUCCUCUGAUGCUGGAACCUCUCCGGACGAACCACUUGUCUCCUCUCUCUCUGGAUGUACACAAGGUGGAACCUGUGAAGAGAAGACUCCCGUCUCCUUUGCUGGCUCUGGGAAGCAGGCGAAAAAACAGAAAGGACUCCUGAGUGGAACCUCUGUGACGAGCGACGUUUCGGGUGCAUCCGCAGCUGAGUCGAAGUCGAAUGUCGCGUCUCCGGGACCUGGUGUACGUACACCUGAAGUUACCAGUGGAGCUCCGGCGGGGGCAACAGACGCGUCUGUUUUUCCGUUUUCUCAUGGCGCGGAUGUCAGUUCCAUUCCCGGUGGUUUCGCCUCUACAGGUUCCUUCGCAGGUUCGCCCAACGCUCAGCCUCGCGCAGCACCUGUUGUUCCGCAGCGUCCGCAGCGAGAGACGACGCAAGUCCAGCUAAUGGGAUUCUCUCGAGCGAUGGUCAAGUCGAUGAACGAAACCGUGAAGGUGCCGCAGCUGAACAUCGGUGACGAGUACGACAUAACCGAGUUGACGAAAAUGAGGGAAACCUUGGUCGCUCACACUGCAAAGAAAUACAACUGCAGACCCACGAUCACGGCCUUCCUCAUCAAAGCCGUCAGCCUCGCUCUCGACGAAACGCCUAUCUUGAACUCCAAGUUCAAUGCAGCCACCGGAGACUCCUACACCCAGUUCGGCUCGCACAACAUUUCCGUUGCCAUCGACACACCGAACGGUCUGGUCGUCCCCAACAUCAAGAAUGUCCAAGACUUGAACGUCCUCGAAAUCCAAGCUGAACUUCACCGUCUGCAAGAGCUCGCGACGGCGAACAAGUUGUCGCCGGCAGAUCUUCAGGGAGGAACCAUCAGCAUUUCGAACGUAGGAGUGAUCAGUGGAACGUACGUGCAUGCGCUCCUCUUCGACGGACAAGCAUGCAUCAUCGGCGUCGGCCAGGCUCGCGACUUGCCGCGCUUCGUCGGGAAAAGCGGACAAGCGUUUGAUGAAGACUUGGUUGAAAGAAGAAGAAUCAUGACCUGCGCCUUCACCGCCGACCACCGACACUGCGACGGCGCAACUGUCGCCAGGUUCAACAAAAGGGUGAAGGAGUUGCUGGAGAAUCCGGCAAUGAUGCUGCUUCAUCUCCGAUAAAGCGGCAAAGCGAAACCGACGCUGUCGGGGUGGACGCCCGAGGACGGCCGGAGAUGUGCUUUGACAGAAAGUGGAAGGAAAGUUGUUCUCCGUUUUGCGUUUUAGAAGUUGCGCUGGCCGUUCUGUCAGAGAGGAGAGAUUUGUGUAUUUUCCGAGGGGAGAAAUUCCCUGUCGUUUUUUCCUUUGUUUUCCGUGGUGUCGACACCCGCGCCUGCUCUUGCGUCAAGCGCGUGCUAGUCUUUCCCUUGCACAGGGAAAGGUUCCGUCGGGGCAGCCGAGAGAAAACGCGGAAGCCAGUCUGCUUCUUCACAGACAGAAAAGCGCAAGAGAACCGCAAUCCGGUAAAAAACCGCCUUUCAGAC